GAACCGAAGGGGAAGAAAAGACUAAAACUUCCGAUCAUGGGAACUCCUUCUAGAGUGUAUCCAGACUACAGCGAGAUCUUGGCUGCUCAACUGAGGGACGAAAACUUCGGCCCUUCAGCGAACAUGGAUGGGACGGGCAGCGCAGUUGCGGAUACAUCGAUCGAUCGGGCGCCAGCGCCGGUGAUCGUUACAGUUGAUUCUGGCGUCGAGGGACCCGUUGACGUUCGUCCGCCGAAGAAAAAGAGAAAGAGGACUAAGUCUUCCAAAGAGGUGACGGCUGACCCUCCUUUGGAUGGAGAUGAAACCGAGGCUGCUCAAACGCAACUCGAACCAAUGGGUGGUGACGAGGUGGAAGAAGGUGAUGAAGUUGCUCCCAUAGAGGGUUUUACGGGUCCGCCCGGAGAUGAGUCGUCGGGAGGGGAGGCCCGGGAGCCUGGUGAGGUGACUCGUCCGAUCGACGGUGGGAUGCAGACAACUCUAUCUGUUUCUGAGUUUGCGUUUGCAGACAAAUUUGCUGAAUCACUUCGUGCGGAUGCGGAGGCUGCUGCUCGGAAGAAUGCUCUCGUGAUGGAAUACGAAAAAGCUUUGCAGAAGUUGACAUUGGAUCUUAAGGAAGCGGAAGGGACAAUCAAGAUAAAAGAGGCUCGGCUUGAAGCGGCUAGAAAGGAGAAGCACGAUAGGGAUAAGGAGCUGGCCGCUGAGGGAGGUCGCUAUUCCCGCGAGCGUCGGCAAGCAAUCCAGACGGCCGCGGAUCUUGAGGAGGAGUUAGAGACCGCCCGAGACAUAAUUUCUCGGCUAGAGGCGGAGAAGGUCGAGGAACUUGAGAAGACGAAGAGAGCGAUGGAUCGCACGAGACAAUCUCGCAAUCGCGAGCUUUUAUCCGAGAGAAGUUGCGUGGUUGCUGCGGAUAAUAGGCGUUUCGACAAAUUUCGGAAGUAUAUUGCCGAUCGAGAUGAAAAGGAGGAGAAGCGUCUACUCCAUGGUACAACUCUUGGAACCUUGGACGCGUUGAGUUUAUUGGAGACCAAGGGACUGUCUUUCCCGCAACAACUAAAAGAUCUUUUGACUGCUAACGAGGAGAAGUUCAGGAAAGAGGUAGAAAACGUUAGUGUUGAAGUUAUCGCGGAGCGCGAUCUUGCUCUCUCACCUCCUCGUAGGGACUUGCUUCCUUAUGGGAACCAGUUUGGAUCAACCUUCGGCACCGUUGAUUCUGAUUCUGCGAUGGCUCUUCGAUCUCCUUUCCUUUGUGGUGAGAGUUCGACCGCUGCUCUGGAUCCGGCCAUUGCCUGUCGAUCGGCGGCUGUCACGUCCGAUGGUCGUGCGGUUACUCAGGACAGUCUCGGGGUUCCUGCGCCUGCGAGGGUCGCGGAAGCAGGAAGUGUUGUUUCGUCGGAAGUAGCCAUUGAAGAAUAGUCUUCAAGGGUUGAUCGUGCUACCCUGUUGUUGUUUUACUACUUAUGUUUUUUUUUAUUUAGCACCUUUUGUUAUGGCCUCCGAACUCUGUUCCUUUUGGUCGGCCGCUUGCUGUUGCAUUUGGUUUGAAACCGUUGUUGUAUCUUUUGGAUCUUCUUUAUUCUCCUAGUUUCAGACGCUCUCCCUUUAAGUUCUAUGUAAUAUGUUAUCUCAGCAUCUUUUUGACAAAGAGCAGAUUAGCCUUUGGAGCAAGGCUGCUAGAGAAGCGACCACGACUAGUUGCGAGCAAUGUGCGAACUUAUCUUAGGAUCGAAAAGAACUUUGGCGCAAUGAGCCCGUUGAUCUUUGAACUUAAGCUCGAGCUUCUUGGUGGUCGUCGUGUAUGUAUGAUCUCAGGCUUCUUUGGCCGUCGAGCAAAUGACGGGGUUUUAAACCCGCGAGAAGCUUCCGUUGAUGGAGCUGUGAGAAGCUUUCGUUCGCGCCAUGUCUUUGG